AUGGAGAUUGGGCGUCUCCUUCUUGCUGGACCUUUGAAGAAGGAGGAACGCAUGAUUUUACAUUUACUUGUAUGGAUCUUAUGUCCCCGGGCUACGAAUCAUGCCCAAUGUUCUUCUAUUGAUCUUCGUAUUAUUCAUGCCAUAAUGAAUAAUGAGCCUUUAGAUUGGGGCGUUCUUGUCACUAUGACCAUGUUAAAAGCAAAACGUCAUCCCACCUUCAAAAUUCCAUAUGCCCUCCUUGUCUCCCGUAUUCUUGAAUACAAAGGAGUGAAUGUCGAAGGUGAACAAACAGUAAGAACGAAUAACUUGAACCGCAUGUUGGACAACACGUCGAUCCAACUCCAAAUGGUGCGAUUCAAUGAUAUUUAUGUUCACAAGGAUGAUGUUCCAAACCAAGGUGACAAUAAUGACGAUUCUGAUGAAGAUAUGCCUCCUGCUGCUGAGUUUCCCUCUGAUCAAAUCCAAAGU